CUGGGUGAAAUAUAAUUUGUUUUUGUAAAAAGUCAAAGCACAUGAGUACAUGCCGGAGCUUCGAACUGUGUAGGAAAAGUCACUCAUAUCGGUGACGAGUUACUCCUCAGCCGGUUGGGUAUUGCGAUAGUGUGAAAAAAAAAAAAGGAAACGGUGUCGUUAAGCAAAGGUUUUCUAUUUUGUGGACAUGUGAGAAGAGCUGACAGAGGUUUCCAAAACCUAAUGAACUAAAACACCACGGAAUUAGAAUAACAAGCUUUUGUUUGCUUACAGCUACGUUCGGUUUCUUCUCUCUCUCUCUCUCUCUCUUCUCUCCCAUUGAAUUAUUUACCAUGGCUAAGAGCUCAUUCAAGAUGGAACACCCACUUGAAAGGAGGCAGGCUGAGGCAGCUCGCAUAAGAGAGAAGUAUCCUGAUAGAAUUCCAGUAAUUGUUGAAAGGGCAGAGAAGAGUGAUGUUCCUGAAAUUGAUAAGAAAAAGUAUCUGGUUCCUGCUGAUCUGACUGUCGGACAGUUUGUUUAUGUGGUGCGGAAGAGAAUCAAGCUGAGUCCAGAAAAGGCUAUCUUCAUUUUUGUGAAGAACAUUUUGCCACCAACUGCGGCUAUUAUGUCUGCGAUUUAUGAGGAAAAUAAGGAUGAAGAUGGAUUCUUGUACAUGACUUACAGUGGGGAAAAUACAUUUGGUGUGAUAAUCUGAAAUCAACUAAUGGAGAGAGGCAAACCAUGUGAAUAGAACUUCCUAAAAAGUCGCCCAAUGUGAAGGAGGUGGCAUAAUUGUAAAUUCUCUGGGUUGAAUCGUUUCAUGUAAAGUUUUAUUAUUAAACUUAAUUUGGUGAUAAUGGUAUGUGUACUCCAGCUUAUUUGAAAAACUGCCUUAUGAUUAUGCCUUCUAGCUUGCAAUA